AUGAAAAAAAAUAUUGAUUUUAAAUUAAAAAUUAAUUAAGCGUCCUCAAGAACAUUAGUUUUAGAAGUAUUAGCUUUACAAUUGAAUAACAAAGUGUCACAGUAAUAUCAUAAAAUGCUUGAUUAGCGCGAUUUGUUCUUUUAACAAUUUGCAGAUAUGAAUUAAUUUUAAGUAAAAAGUUCCAGUCUUAAAAUUAACAAAUAAUCAUGAAAAAUUA